CUGCUGCGAGGAGGUAGGAUGGAGCAGGAAGGGAGGUGUGGGGGGGUGUAUAGAAGGCCAUAGUGCAGUGUUGGAUAUAUUACGCAGCACAUGUGAUAAGCUGCUGUCGUAAACAAACCUCGGCCACCACAACAUCACAACAGCUGAUCGACAGUGGCAUGGCCUGCCUGUAGCGGAACCAGCAGCCCAGGUGGUGAGUGGCCGAGACAGCACAGAAAGCACCAUUGCAGACGUCAACAUGGACGAGGAGCGGGAGUGUGACCAGCGUUAUCCCUUCUCACGCUGCAGCUCCACCGGUUCCAUCCACACCCUCACUUCCUCGGCCAACAACACAGACGUGACUGAUGAUGAGGACAGUGACCGAGGGAACCAGAUGAGCUACAAGGAGCGGAGGCGUGAAGCACACACACAGGCCGAGCAGAAGAGACGCAAUGCCAUCAACAAGGGCUAUGAUUCCCUGCAGGACCUAGUGCCAACCUGCCAGAGUUCAGAGCAGGGCCAGGGCUACAAGAUGUCCAAGGCUACUGUCCUACAGAAGAGCAUUGACUACAUCCAGUUCCUGAAGAAGGAGAAGAGCAAGCAAGAGGAGGAUGUGGCAGCCCUCAAGAAGGAGGUGGUGGCUCUCACUAUCAUGAAGCUGAACUAUGAGCAGAUUGUGUCUGCCCAUCAGAGCCAGCCAGGCCAACUCAGCAAACAGAUCUCUGAUGACGUGAAAUUCCAAGUAUUCCGUGCAGUGAUGGACUCCCUCUACCAGUCCUUUGAGCAGGCCGUGUCCACCAGUAACUUUGCAGAGAUCUCAGGCUCAGUCAUCUCUUGGGUGGAGGAACACUGCAAGCCUCAGAUCCUGCGUGAGAUCAUGUGUGGAGUCCUGCAGCAGCUUGGACAGCCUGAGUCAGCCUUCAUCUCCUAGCACUGCAGCCUCACAUACCCUGGCCACCGCCAUGCUCCUCGUGCCAUCAUCAGUCCUAUGCAUUUCUUGGAUAUCUAUCUUUUAUAACUGUGUGAAUGUUUUUGUUGAAGAUGUCAAAUCUGUAUCUGUAGAGUUUUAUUGGUGUGGAAAUAUUAGAAUCUAUUAGAUGAGCCAUUAUUUAAGACACUGAUUUAAUUCCAAAAGUAAAGAAUUUAUUGAGGCUUUUAUAACAAAAUAAUCAGAAACAUUACUUUAGUUAAUGUUUUUAUUUAAGACGGUUACUACUGUGAGUAAGCACAUGUUAAUUUGAAUACAUGCAUCUCUUGAUUACUACCACAGGAAUGUGUAGCUAUGAGCGACACAUUCCAACUCUGUCUGUCGUAUUUCACAUCUAUGAAAGACUCAUAGUCGUGGUGGUCCUCUGUGGCAUAAUCAUUACUGGUACAACAAUAAAAUAUCAUGGUGUGUGAAAAUAAUAUAAAAGAAAAGACCAUGCCUUUUUCAUAUAUAUAUUUUUUUAAUUUACUUUGUUGUAUAAACAGCAAGUAUGUGAUAAACAUUAAAAUUUCACAACAAUUGUCACAUUUGAGAUCUGUAUGAGCAAAAAACACUUAUUACUCUUAAACCCUUGAAAAAAUAAGUAAUGUAAUGUACUUUCAGACUUAAGACAAAUAAUGAUAAAACAAGAGCAUG